CCUUUCCAAAAAGGCAUUCUCGUAAGCAACCGAUCUUUACGAGGAUUGUUCCACUACCUGCAAAAAAAAUAUCCAGAAGAGUGCCAGUACAUCAUCACGAGAAGAAUUCAGCAGGACAUUCUGGAAAAUUUUUUUGCGUACAUAAAAGGUUCAUCCAAGAAUCAUUCCUCACCGUACGACUUUAUAUACAAAAUUCGCUGGUACAUUCUUGGUAAGAAUACGCAAGCUGUGUUUACCUUGAACAGAAACACCGACGAGUAUGUAGAUAGUACUUACAUAUCUUCUUCCACUGACGGUAUAACAAAUCAAGGUGCUGAAGAACAAUUAACGACAACUCCAGCGGCAAAAACAAAUAAUCCUACAUCUAUGCCAAUUCAAGGAAUGACACUACAUGAUUCGAAAUCAAAUGAAAGCUUUUUGCAAGAGGAAGAAGAGCUCGAAUGUACAUCAGAAGAACGUGCCGAAGACAUAAUUCUAACCAGAGAAUUAUUUUUUAACAUCAUCGAUCUUUCUUCGGAGGAAUUACUGGAGGACAGUAAUUAUGGCGACGAAGAAUCAACGAUUGACACUUGCUUUGAUGACCCACAUGAUGGCUUUGAUGACGAACUAUUUGAAAUCGUGAAAAAUGGUUUUAAGGGUUCAUCUGACUGCUUGAAUCUUUUUCAAGAAGCAGGAUUGGAAUACUGCAUCGCAGGAUUUGUUGCUCGUAAAUUCAAAGCAAAGUACCCAUCUUUAGAGACUACUGAAGAUGCAGAUGCAAUAUCAGAACGGAUUCAAGGUCUCUCCAAAGGUUACCUCACCAAUCCAUCAAUACAGCUAUUAAAAGCGGCUAACGUCGUUGAAGAGUAUUUCGUACAUUUCCAUGGUGACUACUUUUCAAAAGACAGCUUUGUGAUAAAAAAGGUUGUGGCACUCGUGGAGAAUAGUGAACAGGUGAACGAAAUACCUCAUGAAGUGCUACAAUAUUUAGUAAAAACUCGCACGUAUAUAAGAGUUCAAGAGAUAAAUAAAGGGUCAUACGUGAUAGACGAUACGAGGAAAACAAAGAAAAAAAUGAAAAAAAAUCAUUUCCAGCAUUAACUCAUAAAAUGGACAAAGUAAAUUAUAUUUUAUCGAAUGAAAAUUCUUGUUUUAUUACUCGUAAGUUUCAACUGAGCUGUAAUAAUUGUAAAAUCUACAGUUGAAAAAAUAAUUCUAUACUUACAUCUUAAUAGUACCUCAUUUUUUCUUAUAACUACAAAACACUUUUAUUUACAUUUUUAUCCGGUCAAUUUUCUUUGAAGUUCUUGGACAAACAAAAUACUCUAAUAUUAAUUCUUUUAAUUCUUGUAUGGUAUAUGCAAUAUUCUACGUUCUUUAUCUAUUUUAUAAGUCAACGCUUAAUAAGUAAUUGACAAUAUCAAAUCUCUGAUUAUUUCUUCGAUUCACUAUCAAUAGCAUUGCGUUGUUCGGCAGUAUAAAGGAUUUUUCUUUUUCCGCAUUGAUAUUUUGAAACUAGUUGAAAAAAGCGUAAAAUCUGGCGCCAUUUACAGUUGAAACGACACUUCCAUGAUCUUCGACGAGAGUAGAUGAUCUUCGAUAACGUAAAAGAAUGCACGCAAUACAUACACCGAAAGAUGCAGAAAAAUCAGUGUGAUACAUCGUGACCUAAUAUUUUCGAACAAAAAAAAACAAAAUAAAAAUUUAAUUACCUUGAA